AUGUCGACCACAUCCCCCGUUCAGCAUGCAUUGUCAAUCAGAGAGCUGCUCUUCCGCAUAUUCCUAUACUCGACGAAUCAAAGCAAUGCAGUGAAUGCUCGCGUCUGCAAGCUCUGGUCAAACGAGGCGCUCAGCAUCAACUGGUACAGCAUCGAGGCGGAUGUCUUGCUGAAUCUGCUCGAACCUUUGGAGGAGACAUCAAGUCUUUGGCCAUUUGGAAUCUCUAGCACCGAAGCGUGGGCACGCUUUGACGAGUACGCAUGGCGGGUCCGUGUUCUGUCUUUUCCACCAGAUGUCGACUAUCCUUACACCAUAUUCGACCAAGUUCUCAACAUCAAAUUCGAACGGAAUCGGCCUCUCGUUCAUAACUUGACAGCAGUCUCGAUUGACAUUGAGCCAGACCUCGUACACCGUAUCAUAAACCUAUUCGGCCAUACAUCAGUCCGGAAAUUGACGCUGGGGCCGUAUAUAUUCGACGACUUUUGGGGGUGCUCGGAACCGCUUGAAACGGCAUUGAAAAUCUUCAAAUCCGCGCUUAUCAAUAUGCCCUCCAUACGGACAUUCAGAGUCUCGGGCUAUGACGAAAGCGAAGAGAGUUCCACUGUGGUGCAAGCAUUCGCAUCGAUCGUUGGCGGAAUCGACAAGCUCGAAGAAGUGCAGAUACCCGCAUUUUGGCUGACGGACCCUGUUGUGGACGCCCUCGCCGCUCUGCCAGUCCUCCGAUCCCUCGAAAUACAUACGGCCGACACCCCGUCCCCUGCGCAAUUCACUACGAUACCGGCCAUCGGCGAGGAUUAUUUCCCGUCCCUCGAGGCACUUUCCAUUGACAUCGACUGCACUCAAGCUGUCAAAUGGUUCGCCCACCCCCGUUUCCCGAAGACUCUGACCGCCCUGUUUUUUUAUCUACCCGAGCUCGAGGGGAGUGCGACGACAGAUGCGUGGACGCAUCUACUCACGGUCAUCGGCUCGCAGCUGCGCCAUCUACGCACAUUGCGUCACGAACACCAAUACCACGUCUUUCGCCUUCCCGGCGCCCCCCACUCCUUCGACACCCUGCGGCCCCUCCUCUCGCUCUCCGACCUGCGGGAUGUGUCCCUCGAAACAGGACACGACAUGACCAUCGCCCCGAACGAGCUCGUCGCACUCUUCAACGCCCUCCCGCGCCUCAAACACCUCUACAUCCCCCACACGGCGCCCGUAGACAUCGCCUGCCUCGCCGACAUCGCGCCCGUCGCCCAGCAGCUGCACACCCUCACGCUCAGCUGGCGCACCCCAGCCAGCCCCGCCGCGCUCCCGCGCGCGCACCGCCCCUUCGCGCACCUGACACGGAUCGACGGCGCUCUCCGCUGCGGCCUGCCCGCGAUCGCGGUCGCGGAGUUCUUGGAGGACGUGCUGCCCCCGGGGUGCAGCGUCCCCGGGACGUGGGGGGUGGCGGGCGAGGGCCCCGAGACGCGGGGCUUGGUGUGCGACAUCCGUGCGGCGUUUGGGCGCGUGCGGGAGAAGGACCGCAGGCGGCGGGCACGGGCGUGGGCGUAUGUCGGUCCUGUGGGUAGGGAGUCGCGAGGUUGA